AUGGCGGGAGUGUAUAACCCGGGAAUUAGUGAUCAUGAGAUGGUAUAUGCAACUAUGGAAGAGAAUGCCAUACAAUAUCCAAGUAAGGUAAUCACUUUUAGGAGUUAUAAGAAUAUUGAUGAGCACAAGCUACAUGAGGAUAUUAACUCAGCCCCAUGGCAUGUUGGAGAAAUAUUUGAUUCGAUUGACGAUCAAUAUUAUUAUUGGAAUUCAUUAUUAACUGACGUUUUGAAUGAACAUGCCCCUGUAAAGAGAAUGCGUGUGCGAGCUAAGGACGUUCCAUAUAUGACAGAAGAGUGGAAGGCUGCGAUCAGAAUGAAGAGAAAAUUUUCAAAAAAGUUUGCAAAGAACCCAACAGACGAAAACCUGCAACUGAAAAAGAGUUGUAGAAAUGUAGCCUCAAAGCUUAGGAGACAAUCACUAAAGUAUUAUUGGAAGAAAAAAACAGAAGAGAUGAAUCACGACGCUAGACAGUUCUUUAAGGUUUUCAAGCCGUUUUUAGAUUCCAGAGCUAGCGUAGUAGAUGACAGUGUUAUACUCUUGGAGAAGGACGGUAUGGAAGUAAAAGAUCAAACAAAGGUAGCUGAGUAUUUUGUUGAGUACUUUACUGAAAUCGCAUGUGAAAUUGGCGACCCUGAGUUGUUAGAAUUAUUCGAGGGACAAUUAUAUGACUAUAAAAGUGUCGAAAGUAUAAGGAACCACAAAGAAAUAGACAAUAGUCCUAAAUUCAGAGUUGGUAAAGUCCGUCAAGAUGAAGUACAACUUGCUCUGGAGAACUUAAAAGUAAGUAAAAGUUGUGGAUAUGAUGGCCUACCUAAUAGAUUAUUAAAGUUAAUCAGUGGUCGAUUGACACCAUCUUUAACCCAGAUGUUCAAUGCAUGUAUUCAAGAUAACUACUGGCCUGUACAAUGGAAGAAAGGAGAGUGG